AUGAGAGCCUACACACGACCCUUGCCAUCAGGAUACUUGUUGGUCUACGCGGCGUCCAGCUUGGAAGAGCAAACAACGCCCGCCUUCGUGCAGGUCUAUGACAUGAGCGCCAGCGUGUCCAACAUCCAGUUCCAAGGGCAGGAUUUGGACCUCGACCACCUCGGUGGCACGCUCAAAUGGCAGAGCCCAGAGCUGACGGAGCGUGUGGAUGUGUAUGUGCUCUACUUGGCCGAGAACGCUUUCGGCGCUCGGCGCUCGCAGCUGGGCCCCGAACUUCCGAAGGAGGCGACAUCGCAGCAGGUGCCUCCGGAUACUCUACGCCUCGCCUUCAACCACUUCACCAUCUUCACAAAGUCGACGCUGGUGGCCCCUCCGGUGCAGGGUGAGCUCAUGCCCUUGGGGUUUGCUUUGGCCGCCAACAUGAGCUUCACGGACGAGGAUCUGGAUGAGACUGAGAUUGGUGGAAAUUUGACAUGGUAUCCGCCGGAAGAUACCAGCGAGGUCCAAGAAGCUUGGUUAUUUCGAAUUGAACAGCGGUAUCUGCCUAUGCGCUGUACACUUACACGCUCAAGGCUUUCUGCACUGGUUCUGCAGUUAUUGUCCCUGACUAUGGAAACCAUGGGCUCUGGUAAAGACACCCCUGAAUGCAAGGCCCGCGCUUGUUUGGACCGGCUGGACACUGAUCGAACCAGCGGAAAAAAGGACGAGUAA